AUGUCUUGCUGCAAGGGUUCUCUUCCAUCCUACGAUCAGCUGCCUGUUGAUUCUACUGCACCACCACAUUCCGCUUGGGGUUUGUGGGGAAAAGAAGACAAUCUGGGUACAUUGAACUUGCUUACUCCUGAGAAAGUCGAAAGGGCUGGAAAGUUGAUCCGCCGUGGUGAAGUAUAUUCACUCAACUGGAAACUCGAAUGUCCCGACUCUGGUAUGCUGGAUCGCUAUGAGCCAAAGCACAGCAUCAAACCCCUUGGUGGAGGCAUUUCAUUUGAUGAUGUUUACGACAAUUUCAAUACCCAGGCAUCAUCCCAAUGGGACGGUCUUCGCCAUUUCUGCCACAUUGGCAGCGGAAAGUUCUAUAACAACAUUUCUGCCUCGGACAUCACAGACUCUUCAGAAGGUCGUCUGGGUAUCCACCACAUGGCUCGCCGUGGUAUUGCUGGCCGCGCUGUCUUGCUUGACUUUGGCCGCUGGGCCGUCAAGAACGCCCCUGAGUUCGACCCAUUCAAGCGUCAUGAGAUCACAGUCCAGCAGCUCGAAGCUGUGGCUGCAUCUCAAAAAGUCAAGUUUGAAGAAGGUGACGUGCUCCUCAUCCGCACUGGAUGGACUGCUGCAUACGAAGUCAAGAAAGCGAACAAAGGCUUGCCUAAUCUGAAGGGAGAUGUUGAAAACCUGCCAGUCUGUGCGGGUAUCAAGGCCUGCGAAGAGACCUUUAGCUGGGUGUGGAACAAUCACUUUUCUGCACUGGCAUCUGACAGUAUUGCGCUAGAGGCCAUGCCAUUUGAUUUCGAGACAUCGUACUCUAUUUUCUUGGGUGGAUGGGGUAUGCCAAUUGGUGAGUUGUUCUUCUUGGAAGCUUUGGCAGAUGACUCGGCCAAGGAUGGUGUAUACGAAUAUUUCUUUACCAGUGCACCCCUUAAUAAGCAUGGAGGUGUGGCUACACCACCAAACGCCCUGUGCAUCAAAUAA